AAUUGAGUCCAUUCACUUACAUCACAUGUGUGUGGUUGACAUAAGGUAGUGCUUUUAUCACGUUGUUUCUGGAGUUAUGAGGAAUUACUGGUAAAAUAUGGGAAGCAAAAAAUACGACAUGUGUUAAGAAACUCAUUAGGCCUACCUAUCAAAUAUAAUAUCUUAAACUUAUAAGAAAGGAAAAUGGUCUACGAAGCUGCCCUGUAUAUAGCUUUUUGCCAAAUCUCGCCAGAUGCAAGGCUGUCUGCUCCACGGACUACAAUGGUGACUAGCAAUGUUAUCACUGAUCAAGAUAUAUUACCUUCAGUUUUAAUUCCAUCUUGUGGGAGAAUGUAUAUACAAUAAUUUUAUUGGAUUUUGAUGGUAAUUCAUUGACUGCAACUUAUCUGUAUCAUCGUCACUCCAUUCUCGAAUGGUCAGCAUCGCCGACACAUCGUCGUCGCCAUCAUCAUCAUCCGGCACCGCCUUUGCCGCCAUAGCAGUAAUUGUCGUCAUCAUCAUCCCCAUCGUCAUCACCGUCAAAUUUCGAUAGACGAAUGAGUGGUUUAGCCCCUUGACUUGUUUGCCUGCCUGUUGUAAGCAUAAGAAACAGCAUCUCUUUAAAAAAUUGAAUUCUGCCUCCCUUUCGACAACGCCAACGAAUACGAUGCCGAAGGUUGAAUUAUCAGUUUCUUCUCAGUUCUGCAUCCUGCUGAUCGUCCAGGUCCUCGUCUCAGUGGUCAUCAUCGGGACAAUUACAUACAUGAGUCAAUCAAAAAUAACUCCAGGUCCCUUCCAGUCGGACGAUGGGAAAAAUAGCCCGCCCUCUAUAGGCAAUUACCAACUUCUCAUUCAGAACGCAGCUGGCCAUGGUCGUAGCCAGACGCGUGUUCAAGAUGGAAAUGGCAAUGCAUUGGCAGGUCAUAAUCUUCAGAAGUUCAAAGACAUCGUCGAUUCUCAGAUACAAAAACGACCAACCCUAGAUAAGGCCGAGGCAACGAUGAAAGUUGGUGCAUCGCCUGUAGGCAUACACAACAAGUUUGUGAUACUUACAUCAGUGAAUGCAGAGUUUGUCGACAUCGCUGAGAACUGGCUGGAGAGUCUCCGACGUCUGGGAAUCCGCUACAACGUUACUGUGGUGGCAGAAGACAAGGACACCUACAAGUAUUUCAGUAUCAGAGCCAACAGGGAAUUCCGAGUGCUUUAUCAGAAGCAGUAUGCCUUCAACUUCACCCGGCGCUACGGACCUGUCAUGAUGUACCAGGAACUGAUUCGUCGCAGGACCGUGUACAUCAGGACCUUGCUAGAGCAAGGUCAUGACGUGUUGCUGGUGGAUGUUGACACGGUCUGGAUCAAGAACCCGCUCGAUCUGAUCCUUGGGGAGUACGCCCUCUACGACAUGUGGCUUGCGGAAGGUUACGAAAACCACAUGCCAUGUCCGUGUUUCAUGUACAUGAAGUCAAACUCUGAUGUUAUUGCCAUGGUUAAGGAAUGGGUCAAGCGAUUGGAAAAUCAACGGGGAAGGACAUUGGAGUCGGAUCAGGUUGCUUUGACGAAAGUCCUGCCCCUCUUUCCGGAUAUUCCGAUCAAAAGGAUGAGCUUUGAAAAAUUCCCGACUGGCAAGCACUACUUCGAUAGGGCAUGGCUCGCGCUUCACAAAAAUGAGGUUUAUGUUGCUCACGGGAAUCAUCUUGGGCGUCAUGAUGGAAAGAAAAAGAAGCUGAAAGAAUUUGGCCUUUGGUUACUAAAUUCUUGACACUGACUAUGAUAUUCAUUUUAAGAUACUUUGUAAAAAUUGGCGGUGCUACGGGGGGGGGGGGUAGGGUAGGUGACGAUCGCCCUAUGAAAUCUUGAGUAUUGAAAAAGGAGAUGAGAAUGUAAAGAAAUGAAGAAUCAUUAGAGAAGAUAGAAGAGAGUAACAAAGCGAGGUUUAGGUCGUUAGGAACCUGUUCGAAAUCUUAGAUCACUUCAUAAGGAUUUAUAUAACGUACCUGUUGUUAAGACAAAGUUUUAUGGCGAUUGGGGGUUUGCGCAUGCAGCGCCGGAACUCUGGAAUAUUAUCCCACACAAUUAAGGCAAGUUGAUACAAUUGGACAAUUUAAAUCUGCAUUGAAAACAUAUUUAUUUAACUGAAAAGAAUAUUAACAAAGCAUUGCCAUUAGCUUUCCCUCAUCUUUUCCUUUUCCUAAAGCGCAUUGAGACUUUUGUAAGGUGUAAUGCGCUAUACAAAAGCUGUUCUAUCAUUAUUAUAUUAGGUCAUACUACUCUCUAUUACCCCUGGAAUUCAAUUCAGAAAAAAAUAAUAUAGGUCUUUGUCCUCUCCUAUCAAAAUAUCCUGGCGCCACCUCUGGCUUUACAAUUCGUUCUGAAAAAAAGAAGUAAUUCUAUCAAUGAAAAUAAAUGUAUAGGAAUGUUUUCCCCAUUUUCUUUCUUUUCAUUUUUGAAAAUAGGUCAACAUUGUGUUUCUUAAUCUCGAUUAUUUUAUUUAUAAUAAAAAGAGUACCGAAGUGAUGACGUCACAAAAAGAUGUUUUAGCAUUUCAGCGUUUUUGAUACCAUAUUUUGGUAGAUCAUGAUGAAAAAAACCCACUACCAAAAUUUGGUGGGAAUCGGUCCAUGGGGGCCUUAGAUAUGACCUCAUGUACACAGUACACAUACUUAGCCCCAAUGAAGUCAAUGUAUUGUUGGCCUGGUUCUAAAUGUUAGGAACCAGGCAAAUACAGUAAUACAUUGAUUUUAACGGGGCUAAUUAUGUAUUCAUGAGGUCAUAUCUUGGUGACCCAUAGACCGAUUUUCACCAAAUUUGGGUUGUGGGGAUGUUUCAUCAUGCCCUACCAAAAUAUGGUAUAAAAAACGCUGAUAUGCAAAAAGUGGAAAUUGAUGACAUCACACAUCGGUACUCUGUUGUUUCUGGCAUCUUAUUGGUAACUUUUGGAAACAAACUGCUUUCCGUUAUCGUGGUUAUUUUGAAGUAUAAAAAAAUGGAUGUAUGACACUGUUACCUGAUUAUUUAUUAUAUUUAACUCAAUAUCAAUGUAUACGAAUGAUUUUUGUUUUGUUUUGAAGAAUUUCUACAAUCACGUUUCGAAUGACCUACCUGUAUUGUACUCAGGUUGAGGUACAAAAAAUAUAUGACUUUUUGUAAGAAUAUUAAAGAUUAGUUGAAUGAGCUUCAGCAUUGCGAGAGACAAUGAUGGAUGAAUAAUUAUACACUCUCAAAGCACUGAGUAAAAUCUUACCCAAUAUUGGGUAGAAAGGGAACAUGCAUGUUUGCUGGGUUUUUUUUAAAACCCAAUAUUGGGUAGAAAGGGAACAUGCAUGUUUGCUGGGUAUUUUUUUGUUACCCCAUAUUGGGCUAUUUCAACGCAACAUUGCGUAAAAUUUACCCAACCAACGUGCUUGUUCUCAUUUUACCCAGUGUUGGGUAAAACUUCUUUUUUAAGAGUGUAGAGAAGCACGUUAUUAGACCCGAAACCAGGGCUCCGUCUUACAAAUAGUUGAGUCGGAAAUGAGGAUUCCCGGAUACCAUCGGGAUAUAUUUUUUAACCAACUUUUUUUGUAUUGCCUGAAGUGUCUAGUUAAUGAAUCUUGAUGAUCCCUUUGCCAAACCGUGUCCCAUGCAUAGAGUCCCAUGUAUUUGAAAAUUGGCAAUUUUGGCGGCCAUCUUGGAUUUGUCAUGAAAGUGAUAUUUUUAAUUUUCACUAAUUUUACAAAUAACAAUAAAACACAAAUUACAGUUUUAUGCAAAUGAGGGAGUUGAUAAUUUUACCAUUUAUUUGGUAUUUCAUUAUAAGAAAUUCAAAUUAUUUCAAGUUUUCCAGAUUUGACAGUCACGAAGCAUCUUCAUGAUUAACAAUAGGUUGAACCAAUUGUAAUCUCGCAUAUUCAAGGAGGAAUAAAACCGUUUCACAUUAUAAUGAGGAAAAUUUGAGAUAUUUCAUGAAAUGAAAUACAAAAUAAACAGUUAGUGGGUGGUGCAUGUCAUCAGUCCCCGGUCUCAUUUGCAUACAAACCAGGAUGAGCAUAUAUUAAUUGUUUUGUGAAAUUAAGAUAAAUUCGAGAACUAUCUUAACAUC